AUGAUACCGCCAAAGGCAGGCCAUAGAUGGGAUGUCUACGACAGCAAACAAAACAAUGUUGCUGGCCAUGUAGAGUCCCGCUAUGAUUUAAGGACAGGACGGUGGACCGAGCCGGAGUUUAUCGAAAAUCCUUUUCUAACAAUACAUGGCCUAGCGCCCGGUCUACAUUAUGAGUUAGCAGUUUCUAAUUGUGACUUAGGCCAGCAGGUAUUCGAAGGAUUGCAAGCCCGCAGAGACCCUGAUGGAGAGAUCCUUAUUUUUCGGCCAGACGCAAAUGCUGCGAGAAUGAGAAAGUCAGCUGCAUUCGUUUCCAUGCCGGAGGUUCCAGAAGCCCUUUUUUUAGAAAGCGUCCAUCUUGCAGUAAGAAAGAACGCGGAGUAUGUUUGUCCUCAUGAAGUCAAAGGAUCUCUCUACAUCCGACCGUUUCAAUUCGGUUCAAGCGUUCAAAUCGGGUUGGAACCCCCUGACGAGUUUCUUUUCUGCGUUUACGUUCAACCUCAUAUUGCAUUCCACGGACACGGCGCCAUCAAAGCCUUAGUUCUUGAUGAAUUCGACCGUGCUGCAACAAGGGGUUCAGGGGCGGUGAAAGUGGGCGGUAACUACGGCCCCGUAAUGCGUUGGACAUCCGAGGCCAAAAAGGAGGGCUUUAAUGUGCUCUUGCAUCUAGACAGCCAAACACAGACUUGCAUUGAUGAAUUCUCUACAUCAGGACUCAUAGGCGUUCGGGCUGUCGACGGACAAACCAGUCUUGUGGUUGCGCAGAGUCAAGCAGCCAUUGACAGUAUAACAGCUGAUUCAGCGGCACGUCUUGCUGCAAGUUAUGGCUGGACGGUGGAAAAGAGAACGGUGAGAUUUGAUGAGUUACCCACAUUCACAGAAGUGUUUGCUGCGGGAACAGCAGCAGGUUUGGUGUCAGUAUCUCAGAUUCACCGAAAAUCGACAAACCAAACAUUCGACUUCCAACCUGAGGGCCCAUCUUUCAUCAGGUUAUGGACGGAUUUGCAAGGUACUCAGAAUGGUUCUGCACCAGAUAGCUUCGGUUGGUGCCAAAAGCUCCUGGAAUAG